GGUCUCACGUUUUGGGGCUGCCAGCACGGCAGUAUUAAGGACAGGUGCUCGCGCUCGCAUUUCACACACCUACGGGCCUCCUGACACAUACAUAAGUGCUUAGAAUGAAGCAUUCUACGUAUCUGAUAACUAACUUGGACCAGCGCCAGCCUGUGCGAUGAAAUUGGCCUAGUAAGUGUCUUCCUUGAGGCAUUGGACUCCAUUCUAUGCGUUAGAGUGCGCGAAAUAUUGUUUGGCUUCAUUUACUUUCGCGAUCGAGGUUCCCUGACUCGAGUCGGGUAUCGGAUCUCAGUCGCUGGGGCCUCUUCUACCUUGUGUACAGUACUUUCGUGUAAUGGAUGGCAUACAUAAUGGCUGUGUUCAGUCGGCGGGGGCCGGGAACGUGUGGGGAGGGUUGGAUCGUGUUGGAGCGCCAGGGCAAGCAACUUUGUAAGUGCGGCCUCAAAGCGUUGAGCCCAGCAGGUGCUAUCCCUUGAGGAUAUUUGGCAUUGGCUUUGCCUAGACCUCAGCUUGGCUUUCGUCGGCUUUGGCCUCCUGGCCCGGGGCGGUGCACUUUAGUGCCCGUUUUCAUGUGUUCAUUGUUUUCAAGAGUUUCUGCAUUCGAUAAAUAGCCCGUCGAAGGCUGUACUGGUAGCCGUAACAAGCAAAAAAGACAACAACCCUAAUGUAAGGUUCUUGCCGAGGACUAAGGCUGUCGCCCCCCUUUGGGGGUUUAUAGAUUGAAGCGCAAUGCUAAGUAGAGGAGGUCGGCGAGGCGUCUGCUUGCUUGCGCAAGCCCUGUCCCACGAUGCAGGGAGAGGAUGGGGCGUGCUGGCGAGCGACAACUUGCCGAAAGGUUUUCGGUCAUGGCCAGGGAGCCACCUCGCGGACGCAGCGCCAGUCACAACGGCAGUAGGCACAUGGAGUAUGUACGGACAGGCGGCAUUCUUUGCGUCUAAAGGCGGCAAGCAAGGCGGCAAAGGUGCUAAGGAAGCAGUCCAGGCACCACAAGAGGUGCAGGAAUGGGACAUUGAACCCUUUGUCACCCAGAUGGGUGAGGCUCUGGACCACCUGCGGCGCAAGCUGGCGGGCAUUCGCACCGGCCGCGCCUCGCCCGGUCUGCUGGAGGCGGUCAGCGUGGAGGCGCGCAGCAGCGGCAGCAGCCACGGCCCGCACGUGCCGCUGAGGGUGCUGGGCACAGUGGUGGCACGGGGCCCGCAGCUGCUUGUGGUGGAGCUGUACGACAAGGAGGACGACAAGGCAGUGGCCAAGGCAAUUCAGAACUCGCCCCUCAAGCUGCAGGCUCGCGCCGAGAACGGGGAGGUGCUGGUGCCCGUGCCCAGGCUGAGCCUGGAGAUGGUCAAGGGGUUUGUCAAGCUGGCGGCUCAGGAGGCGGAGGCGGCGCGCAAGGCGGUGCGGGCGGUGCGGCACCGGGCGCUGGAGCAGGCAAAGUUGUGCAACACGGGCGGGCCCGCGGGCGAGUUGAAGCGCAUGGAGCAGCAGGUCCAGGCCCUGACGGACAAGCACAUCCGGGAAGUCGACGGCCUGCUGCGGGCCAAGGAGCGCGACCUGCAGGAGCACCACUGAGACCUGGAGGCAGGAGGAGGAGCAGAAGCAGGAGGAGGGUGGAGCACGAGGAGCAGCCGCGAUGGACGUGUGAGCGAGGAGCGUGGUGGUGGCCUGAGGUGUGAGGGUGGCGCAUGUCAAAACGGGCCAGGGCGUGGGUCGUGGUGGGGCCGAAUCCUCUGACAUCUUUAUCACACUUGGCUGCAUAGAUGCAUCCAUCGUGCGUGGUUACAGCGCCUGCUUGUGCGGUGCUGUAAAGUGGUAUUGAGAGAGGCGAAUGCAACGGCAACAGGUGGGACUGCCGGAAACAAAUUGUGGUCCUCACGCUGACGGUUCCUGUUGUGGGCGCAACAUAGGAACAUAUUGGUCCUCGUUCGUUUUCAGGGAUUUGUUUCCGGGGGUGGCUCCCGCGGAGUGCGGCCCCCAUGUGCCUUUGGACUCAACCAACUGAUGACUAAACAAUGACAAAUGAGAAAGGUUUCGAAGUCAUGCCGAUGCCGCGUGGCGUCUCUAACACGUACACUAUUAAUAUGGUCAAUCUAAAUUCUCUCAACUCUAGUUGUCAUGAAGUGUGGCUGCCGAGCAGUUGGUGGCAUUUCACUUCGGGUCCUUUCUGGCACAAGCCCCUGAGGGCUAGCGUACGGUGGAGUGGGGACGACCUCGUCACCCGCCCCCACCCCCGGCCCGGGGGCGCAACCGCGCAAGAGCACGUACGGCAUUAGAAGGCGCUUCAACUGCGCAUGGGCGUAUGGCACCGUUAUUGUGCUUGGCUGUGCAAGAAGGUAAUUGCUGGCGGGUGCUGCGGCGUCAUUUG